CCUAGCCCCAUAUUGUGGGAACAGGAGCCCGCUGACGCCUCUCCAGUUCGCUCCGGGUCCUCUCCCUCCCACCUCUCCACCUCCAAAGUAGCGCUCCAGCCUCUCUCCGCCCGCACAGUCCCAGCGCCCCCGAGCUUUAUCAGGCUCCCCACACACAUCGCUGGCUUCCUCUGGCACCAGGCUCCGGUGACCCCAGCCGAGCAGCCACCGCCUCGGAGCCCGGUCCUCCUCCUCCCGCCCGCUGGUCACCGCGCCUCCCCGGCUGUGCUCCCGCAAGCACCGAGGCGCCCAUCGCCUUUCAGGUUCAUCCUGGGCUGGACCUGUUUUGCUCAUCCCUAAACCCGGAGAAGUGGAAUCUGCACACUGAAACUCUCGGCGGCUGGAGCGGCGGACUGGGCAUGCUCAGAAGCCAGGCUUGGCUUUGGUCUCAAGUCGGAGGAAGCUUUUGCACUCGUGAGGCAGCGGCGACUUUAGGGAAAGUUGAUCCGAGAGGGGAGAAAGCCCCAAGACGUGGAGCAGAGGCAGGAAGGAGCCCCCGGCAGCCCGGAGGAGCAUGGGCACCCUGCGGGAUUUACAGUACGCGCUCCAGGAGAAGAUCGAGGAGCUGAGGCAGAGGGAUGCUCUCAUCGAUGAGCUCGAGCUGGAGUUGGAUCAGAAGGACGAACUGAUCCAGAAGCUGCAAAACGAACUGGACAAGUACCGUUCGGUGAUCCGGCCGGCCACCCAGCAGGCGCAGAAGCAGAGCGCCAGCACCUUGCAGGGUGAGCCGCGCACCAAGCGCCAGGCGAUCUCAGCGGAGCCCACCGCCUUCGACAUCCAGGAUCUCAGCCACGUGACCCUGCCCUUCUACCCCAAGAGCCCACAGUCAAAGGAUCUCAUAAAGGAGGCCAUCCUUGACAAUGACUUCAUGAAGAACUUGGAGCUGUCACAGAUCCAGGAGAUUGUGGACUGUAUGUACCCCGUGGAAUAUGGCAAAGACAGCUGCAUCAUCAAGGAAGGAGAUGUGGGGUCACUGGUGUACGUCAUGGAAGAUGGGAAGGUUGAAGUUACGAAGGAAGGUGUAAAGCUGUGCACGAUGGGUCCCGGAAAGGUGUUCGGGGAGCUGGCUAUUCUUUACAACUGUACCCGGACAGCGACCGUCAAGACUCUGGUAAAUGUGAAACUCUGGGCCAUUGAUCGACAAUGUUUUCAGACAAUAAUGAUGAGGACAGGACUCAUCAAGCAUACAGAGUAUAUGGAAUUUUUAAAAAGCGUUCCAACAUUCCAGAGCCUUCCUGAUGAAAUCCUCAGCAAGUUGGCUGAUGUCCUCGAAGAGACACACUAUGAAAACGGAGAAUACAUCAUCAGGCAGGGCGCAAGAGGUGACACCUUCUUUAUCAUCAGCAAAGGGAAGGUGAACGUUACUCGAGAAGACUCGCCAAGUGAAGACCCAGUCUUCCUUAGGACUUUAGGGAAGGGAGACUGGUUUGGAGAGAAAGCCUUGCAGGGGGAGGAUGUGAGAACAGCAAACGUAAUUGCUGCAGAGGCCGUCACCUGCCUUGUGAUUGACAGAGACUCUUUCAAGCAUUUGAUUGGAGGACUGGAUGAUGUCUCUAACAAGGCCUAUGAGGAUGCAGAAGCGAAAGCAAAAUAUGAAGCCGAAGCUGCCUUCUUCGCCAACCUGAAGCUGUCUGAUUUCAACAUCAUCGACACCCUUGGAGUUGGAGGUUUCGGACGAGUAGAGCUGGUCCAGUUGAAAAGUGAAGAAUCCAAGACAUUUGCGAUGAAGAUUCUCAAGAAACGCCACAUUGUGGACACAAGACAGCAGGAGCACAUUCGCUCGGAGAAGCAGAUCAUGCAGGGGGCCCAUUCUGACUUCAUUGUGAGGCUAUACAGGACAUUUAAAGACAGCAAAUACCUGUAUAUGUUGAUGGAAGCUUGCCUAGGUGGAGAGCUCUGGACUAUUCUCAGGGAUAGGGGGUCAUUUGAAGAUUCGACAACCAGAUUUUACACAGCAUGUGUAGUAGAGGCGUUUGCCUAUCUGCAUUCCAAAGGAAUCAUUUACCGGGACCUCAAACCAGAAAAUCUCAUCCUAGAUCACAGAGGUUACGCCAAACUGGUUGACUUUGGCUUUGCAAAGAAAAUAGGAUUUGGAAAGAAAACAUGGACAUUUUGUGGGACUCCAGAAUAUGUGGCCCCGGAGAUCAUCCUGAACAAAGGCCAUGACAUUUCAGCUGACUACUGGUCACUAGGAAUUCUAAUGUAUGAGCUUCUGACUGGCAGCCCACCUUUCUCAGGCCCAGAUCCUAUGAAAACCUAUAACAUCAUACUGCGGGGGAUUGACAUGAUAGAAUUUCCAAAGAAGAUUGCAAAAAAUGCUGCUAAUUUAAUUAAAAAACUAUGCAGGGACAACCCAUCAGAAAGGUUAGGAAAUUUGAAAAACGGUGUGAAAGACAUUCAAAAACACAAGUGGUUUGAAGGCUUUAAUUGGGAAGGUUUACGAAAAGGCACCUUGACACCUCCCAUAAUUCCAAGCGUUGCGUCACCCACAGACACAAGCAAUUUCGACAGUUUCCCUGAGGACAGCGAUGAGCCACCACCUGACGACAACUCAGGCUGGGACAUAGACUUCUAAUGUAUUUCUCUUACCUGCUUCUGCCUUGCUGAAGACAGCUUUUUUUCUGAGACACAGCUGCCAGCAAACCUGAGGGAAAGAGAGAAGAUUAGUGCUCGGGGUCACCAUGAUGCCUUUGAUUGAUGCUGCUCCAGUAACUACGGUGGCAUUAGGACUUCUUGCUUAGGUUACGAUAGUGCUCUUUACAUGUUUUACGUUUGAACCUGAAACAGCAGUUGACAUGGUGGUCCUGAAGCAAAGCCUUUCACCAUAAAGUGAUGUUCUCCAUUGUUGCGAUGACCUUGCUUUGCUCUGAUUAUAUUUUGAGAGUGUAGGAAACACUUAAUCUAGUAGAAGAGUCUGUAUCUUGCUAGAAUUACCGAGAAGAACAGAGAAUCAUAUAUUUGGUACGAUAGAUGGCUGUGGUACAGAACCCGGGAUACUAUUCCCUUUCGUCAAACAGAGGGUAGAGCUUGUGACAGCAAGCCAGUAUGUAUAUCGUACAGAGAGGGCCACACAUCUGUGGGUCACAGAGGUCAUGUCAAACCCGUGCUAGAAGUUUCUGAGUUUCUUUCCGAGCUGAUGACAAGACUGAAUGUUACCUUUCCUUUCUGAUAGAUUCUAAAAAUUGGUCUGGUCAAAAAGCACAACUGCUUUGGCUUCUGUAUAAGCCUCCCAUGGCAGGUACAUAUAGUGUGCUUUGGGAGGAUGGAAAAUGUGCAUGGAAACUGAGAAAUUGGUGUGACAAAAUGGAGGGGAAAAAAGGAAUUCACAACACCAUUUCAUACCUUUUUAAAAAUAUAUAUAUAUAUAUAUAUUGUGCUUAAAGAUGGUCCUGGAAAUGACUAGCAGCCAAUUGGUUUUAUUUAUUACCUAACACCCUCAAACUGAGGC